AUGGUGGCUUUGGAAGAGGAAUCAAUGAAUAUUGAGGUUGCAGUGCAUUCGGUGGGGGACACAAUGUCAGCCAUCUCGAGUCCAGAAGGCCCAACUAUGUCUCAAACGACGGACAAUGGCGCGGCACCGCAGUCUGGCGAUUUUCGGUGCGGUAUUUGCAACAAGACUUACAGUCGACGCGACCUCCGCGACCGACACCGGCGACGGUGUAUCAAGACCGCCGGCCAAGAACGUCUGUCGAAACGCAAAUCCUGCGAAACAUGCGCGCAAAAGAAGCUACGUUGCUCUAUGACUCGACCCGCGUGCGCUCGUUGCGUGCAGAUGGGCACUGCAUGCCACUAUCCCCCGACAUCCUUGCCGCCUCGGAUCGCUGAUCCUCAAGAUACUCCUCCUACAUCAUCCGCCUCGGUCGCUUCAUCUAGAUCGGGUCAAUCGACACAUUCUUCCAACGCCAUGGGCCGCAAUAUGGUUACGGACACUUCCUCAGCCAUGGCGUUGGACGACGUUCCCCAUUCGGGCACAAAUGGCACUCAUCCGCUGCCCGCGCCCGGCCAUCCAUGCAAUCCUACACCCAACCACUUCGACCCGAUGUCUGCAACAGGUCCCAGUGGUUCCCUAUCUUGGGGCGACGACUUCACGCCGCUGACUGAUCCCAUGUCUGUCGGAAAUACCUUCGCUGGCGCCAUGGACGAGUCAACCAACCCAGGAUCAUCAUACUUCUUGCCCCUUCAUGAAAUCUCCAAGCCAGUGGGAUCGUUAGAGGCUCCCCAACAAGGUGCAUUGGCAACAAAUUCCUACAACCCCAACUCUCCUUAUAAUGUUCCAUCGCUAUCAUCCUCUUCUUCAGACAGCCAUUAUCGGGAUGGUUCCAGUCGCGGCGAGGAGAACGAUGCUACACAGGGACUGCUUCGCGGUGACCAUUCCCCGAGAUUGACACUUGGCUACCACUUUAUCCCAAAAGUCGGUCCAUUUGCUAUGCGAGAUUACGAUGAAGCCUACCGAGACCUGUUCUCCGUGUUCCGCGAAUAUCCCGGUAUGAUUCUAGAGCGGGAGUUCUGGUCGCCCUUUGUGCACCAUCGUCUGUACCGUUGCUCGAUGGGUGGUAUGGCCGAGCCCAUGGGAAUCGCCUUGGCCUGUGUAUCGGCACAUGCCAGUUCUGUCGAGUCAAGCUAUGGAUUUGUAGAUCGCAUGAUUAACGAAGAACGCGACAAGCUCGUUCGCAACUUCCACAAACAUGUCGACACCCCUGAAACAUGCCUUGCUGCCGUCCAUGCCGUCUGCCUGUACCAGAUCCUGGGCUUCUUUGGAGAUAACUUCCUGCCCGCUGCCAUUGUCCGCCCCCAAAUCCCUAAGGAGAUCAACGAUAAACGCCGCGAGGAAAAUGAGCGAGCGGCUGAGUUGCACAGUUCCUUUCUGCUCAAGAUGGCUCGUCGACUAUACAAGAUGCAUCAAGAAAAGCUCUUAACCCAUCACAGCGAUGAGAGUGACUGGAACCGGUGGAAAUAUGCCGAAUCUCUUCGUCGGAAUUUCUUCUUCGUUAACAUGAUAAACAUCCUCGGGGCAAGAGCGCGUUUACUCAACGAACAAUACUUUGAGCCUCUCGGCGAUGACAUCGUCCUCCAGCUGCCUCUUCCGGCUCCGGAGCAUAUGUGGCGCUGUUGCGACGAAGAGGAGUGGGCGAUGGCUCGUGAGCACGCGUUGCAGCGGCCGGCCAACAGCCCUCCCGCGCCUCGAACAUUGCGCGAGUUGUUAGAGCAAGACAAGGCAGGGGCCUUGGACACUUCUACGUUGUUGCCCAUUACUCGACUGAUUUUCGCAUGUGCCAAGGUUGCCCCGAAGGGCGACUUGCUUGGUAAUUUAUGA